AUGGUUGGGGGUCCCAGCUCCUCUGGUCCCAGCUCCCCUGGUCCCAGCUCCCCUGGUCCCAGCUCCACUGGUCCCAGCUCCACUGGUCACAGCUCCCCUGGUCCCAGCUCCACUGGUCACAGCUCCCCUGGUCCCAGCUCCUCUGGUCCAAGCUCCCCUGGUCACAGCUCCACUGGUCCCAGCUCCUCUGGUCCAAGCUCCCCUGGUCCCAGCUCCCCUGGUCCCAGCUCCUCUGGUCCAAGCUCCCCUGGUCCCAGCUCCCCUGGUCCCAGCUCCCCUGGUCCCAGCUCCUCUGGUCCAAGCUCCCCUGGUCCCAGCUCCACUGGUCACAGCUCCUCUGGUCCCAGCUCCUCUGGUCCCAGCUCCUCUGGUCCCAGCUCCACUAGUGCUUUCAUUCACGUAGAUGUUACGUACAAGUAA